AGAUUUACAAUUUUCCGGAUCAAAGUUGCUUUAUCGAAAAGGGUAGAGACUGCUAUAAAUUCUUCAACAAUUUAAUCAGUUUAAAUUCUCAAGAUCUCUUGAAGGGAUUGCUCGGUAAACAUUGUCUUAGCUCGUUUGUUAGAAUACUGAAAUAGAUGUCACUCAAUGUAAGACUGGACCAAUCGCGUACGGUAGUGUAAGAGACAGGAAGUUACUCUUCUUUUGGUGGAGGUAAAAAGGUGAACAUUUAACGUUACAUAGACAUAGACCAAUAUGUACCCUGUUUCUUUACGUACAACAGCUCAACUAGUUUUACUUGUUUAUGGUACGAUACAGUUUGCAGAAUCAUCAGGAUUAAAUAAUGAUUAUGGAGUUUUAAUACAAAACAAGCAUGAUGCAAUGCCAAGGUCACGAAGGGCUUUCUUAGAGACAUUCAUUAGAAGUUUACGAAGUGGAGGCUUUGAGCGUGGUGAUGACGUCAGGUUUCUAGUACCACGUGACUAUAGCAUUGGCCGGUAUGAAGAUAUUUCCAGUAAAAGGGAUUACGGAAUAAACCCUCCAUUUCACGAGCUAUGCCGGAUGCUGAACAUGGCGUACUGCUCCUAUCGAAGUUAACGUCACGAAUGACGUCAUAAAGGAACUUGGCUCUGUGAUAAAAGAUAAAAAAAACGAAACUGUGUGUCGCUGAAGUUAGUCAAUGAAGUUAUGCUUUCUAGAGAACAAUGACUGAUGAUUUUUAUUGUCCAUUUCAUUAACUAAUUUUAAUUUGAACUAUCAUAACACUCUAUUGUCCAUUUCAUUAAGUAUUUUCAAUUACGAACUAUCUUCAAACUGGAUUCUUCGUUUUGUACAUUUCAGUUCGCACUUUUUCUCCUGCCUUACUAGGGCCUAUUUUAUUUUCAUAUUGCUGGUGGUUUAGUUUAGCUAUAUGAAGGUAGUUUUGGAAAUAUAUAUAUUUUUACAUAAAAUGUGACUUAAAUUGCAUUAUUUCUUUAUUUACAGUUUUAUAGCGCAGUUAUGGUUAUUGCUAUUUAUCAGUACUUACAGUACUUUGAUUAUUAUCAUAAGUGAAUCUCACAUGUUUUACGUUUUGUUCUUAUUUAUUUUAAUCAAAUGAAAUAAAACUAUUUUUUGUCAAAUAUAUACACUACCUUC